UUUCACUCUUUUUUUUUCUUUUUUCUUUUUCUUUUUUCGCUUCGGCUUGGCAAAAAAGAGAAAAGAGAGAAAAAGAGGAAAUCGGAAAUCCCAGAAUGGCCAACGAGUUAAGAGUGUUUCCCCUGGCCUGUGCUGUGCAGAACUACGCGUGGGGUAAGCCAGGACGGGACAGCCAAGUGGCCAAGCUCUUAGAAAGCAAUGAUCCGAUGGCACAGAUUGACGCUGACAAGCCCUACGCUGAGCUCUGGAUGGGUGCUCACCCCAAGGGAGAUGCGGUCAUUCUGGACAACCGCAUUCCCCAGAAGACGUUAAGCCAGUGGAUCGCGGAUAACCCUGCCUGCCUGGGGUCAAAGGUGAAGGACAGCUUCCAAGGUCAGCUGCCUUUCCUCUUCAAAGUGCUGUCGGUCAAUACAGCUUUGUCCAUUCAGGCCCACCCGACCAAGGAAUUGGCAGAGAAACUUCAUGCUCAGUAUCCAGAACACUAUCCAGACACCAAUCACAAGCCUGAGAUGGCCAUCGCUCUAACCCCCUUUGAAGGCCUUUGCGGUUUCCGGCCUGUGGAAGAGAUUGUAGCUUUCCUUCAGUAUGUCCCUGAAUUUCGAGCUCUGAUCGGGAAUGUAGCAGCGGAACAACUGGAGCGAAGUGGGAGGGAUGACCCCCGUGGUGUGUCAGCUGCUCUGAGGGUCUGCUUCACCAGGAUGAUGAAGAGCGAGAAGAAGGUCUUUGUUGAUCACCUCAACCAGCUGGUCAAGCGGAUUUCCCAGGAAGCCGCUGCAGGAAAAGAUAUUUCAGCCAGUUGUGGAGAACUCCUUCUCAGGUUACACUCUCAAUACCCAGGCGAUAUCGGUUGCUUUGUUAUCUACUUCCUGAACCAGAUGAAGUUGCAGCCUGGGGAAUGCAUGUUCUUGGGAGCCAAUGAACCUCACGCCUACCUCUAUGGAGACUGCAUCGAAUGUAUGGCCUGUUCCGACAACACGGUGCGCGCUGGUCUGACGCCCAAAUACAUCGAUGUUCUGACCCUGUGCGAAAUGUUGAACUACACACCAGCUCCUGCCAGCUCAAAGUUGCUGCCCCCUAUUCAAAGCCGCCUGGAUCCUUGCAUCUCCCUGUAUGACCCCCCCAUUCCAGAUUUUGCUGUCAUGAGGAUAGAGAUCCCUUCCUCCCUUAAGCUGUACCUCAUUUCGGCCAUCGACUCGGCAAGCAUCUUGCUGACGGUCCAGGGUUCGGCCGUCGGCACUUCCACGGCAGCUGGAUCUGAAAUGAUUCUACGUCCCGGCACCGUGUUGUUCAUCUCUGCCAACGAGAGCCUCUCUUUGCAUUUCAAUUCCGUUGAGGGGAUGGUUCUUUUUCGGGCUUGCUGCCUCUUGUAAUAAGGGACACCAAGCAAUUUUCCUCUUUAGAGUAAUUCAAGAUGAGAAGCUGCCCUCGGUCCACAUCUCUCCCAUUUGUUUCGCCUUUCAAGGAUUGAGGCUGAGGCGACUUAGGAAUCUCAACGGUCUCCUCUCCUUGGGUGGCUUUUGGCCAACGCUCCUUUGGCCCAUUGCUCCAAAAAUGUAGGGUUGGAAAUGCUUUGGUAGCCCUACUGCCCCCUAAGUGGGAUAACAAUGGAGGCUGCGGGCAAUGCUUUUGUUUUCCGACUCACCAAAGAACACGUCUCUCAAUAGA